CACCCCUAGCUAAUAUCUUCCGUCGAACAUUCGUUCGCAUCGCUCUCUUCACCAUGGCGCCCCAGAAAGAAGUAGUGCUCAAACUAUCGUCCAUGCGAUACAAGAAGUCUGAAGUUUCGGAAGCGCAAUUCCAUGAUCACGGUAGCAAAUUUCAUGCCCCCAAGGCUGCCAUUGUCCAGGCGCGCCAUGGAGCUCUUAGAGUGGCCCAGUACUACACGCCCAAAGCACUUCGCGGACUGGUUGAAGAGAAGCUUCCGUGGGCAGUGAGGCCAGGCUGGAAGAUUGACGAGCACGAUGCCGUUAUCCAGGUCUAUGUCCGCACCCCGGAGCAGAUGAUGGCAAUCGUCACCGAUCCGGAUUUCCAAUCACUUAUUGCUGACGAUGAUGACAUUGUUGACCCGUCCAAAGCGACGGUCACGGCGGGAUGGGAGGAGGUUUAUGUCGAGGACGGGAAAAUAGUGAACAUUGAGAAUGGGAAGAGCAUCUACCCUAGCUUCGCAGAGUGUGAGAAGCUCGGUGCAGUGGGCAGGGCGACAUCCAUUUCGGCGGAUAUGCAAAGGUUCUAACUGUGCGUUGAGGCGUGAGAGCAAGUAAAUAGCCGAGAGUAGAG